GCAAGCAGGCUCUGGAAUAAAGCUGGGCCGGCGGGGCUAGGCUGAGGUGGGAUGACUGGGCAGAAGUCAACGUACUUAGCAAGGAAGAAGCCGGAGCCUCUGCGGAGACGCCCGACUACAACUACCACUAUCCUUAGCGCGCACAGUUCCGGCGUCGCCACGUUUAGACAGACUGUGGGUCUGCGCGGGACCGGGCGUGGGGUCACGUGGUGCAAGCGAGUCACGUGGGCGAGUCAGGUGACGCUGCGGGGCGGGACGACAGCCUGCGGGGCGGACAGUGGACGCAGGGACGCGGUGUUAGCUCUGGCCCCACCGCUCCGACCCCCGCCGUCGUUGCCGCCAUGACCGGGCUAGCGCUGCUCUACUCCGGGGUCUUCGUAGCCUUCUGGGCUUGCGUGCUCGUCGUGGGAAUCUGCUACACCAUUUUUGACUUGGGCUUCCGCUUUGAUGUGGCAUGGUUCCUGACUGAGACUUCACCCUUCAUGUGGUCAAAUCUGGGCAUCGGCCUAGCUAUCUCCCUGUCUGUGGUUGGGGCAGCUUGGGGCAUCUAUAUUACUGGCUCAUCCAUCAUUGGGGGAGGGGUAAAGGCCCCCAGAAUCAAGACCAAGAACCUGGUCAGCAUCAUCUUCUGUGAAGCUGUGGCCAUCUACGGCAUCAUUAUGGCAAUUGUCAUUAGCAACAUGGCUGAGCCUUUCAGUGCCACUGACCCCCAAGCCAUUGGCCAUCGGAACUACCAUGCAGGCUACUCCAUGUUUGGGGCUGGUCUCACAGUGGGCCUUUCCAACCUCUUCUGUGGAGUCUGCGUGGGCAUCGUGGGCAGCGGUGCCGCCCUGGCUGAUGCUCAGAACCCCAGCCUCUUUGUAAAGAUUCUUAUCGUGGAGAUCUUUGGCAGCGCCAUCGGCCUCUUUGGGGUCAUCGUCGCAAUUCUUCAGACCUCCAGAGUGAAGAUGGGUGACUAAAUCUGUGUGGGUGAGGCUGAGCUUCAAUCUUAUUUAUUGCUGGUUUUCCUGGGACAGCUGGAGCUGUGCCCCUUAGCCUUUCAGGGGCUUGGUGUUCCUUGUACUCACCACUUGAUGCCUGCAGACUUGGAGGCACUACAGUCCAGACUGAAUCUUCAGUGUGGGGAAUGGGCCACUGAUGGCAACUGUGUGCGCGAUUGUGCACCUUUGUCCCCCACCUCCACCCCAACCCAUCUUCCCACUGUUUGUGAAAUAAAUGUGUUAUUUGUCUGGGUCA